AUGGUCGUUCCACUCGAACCGGAAACUGCCAUCACAUACUUAUCGCUCAUAACUUCAUCAGGUAUGCCUGAUCUAUGCAAAACAGUCUUACUGUCAUUCCUCGCUGCAGCUAACUCCUCAUUAUCGGCGGAAGAAUGCACAAUUACUUCAGCUUGCUCAAUACCACUGGCAUUGUGUGAUGAUACUGCAGGUGACAAUAGCCAUGCAAUGAAUGGCAUAACCUGUCAUCAUCAUCCCAAACACUGCAACCAUUGCGAACAGAGAGGAGUGGUAGCAUCGCGGUGA